AGUUCUCAAACUUUCCUGUUGUUCAAAAUGAGUAUUACGGAAGACAUUGAUGAUUUGAAGACUGCCAUCGAAAACAACGAACCAAUUCGAAAAGGAAUAGAGGAAACCAUGCACAGAGCUUCUCAGAUUCGUAUCAAACAGAGAUACAACUGCGCUGAGCAAGAAGUUACUCAAAUGCGUGCUCCAUUUCUUGGAUUCUCAGUUUUUGUUCGAUUCCAGUCAAGAGCUCGUGCCCAUACAAUUAAAAUUAUUAAUGAAGACGAAGUCGAGCAAAUGUUAGCGAGUAGCCCUGUUCCUUAUUCUUAAUUAAAAAAUGUACAUAGAAUUUAGAUAAUCUGAGAAAAAAGCUUUUGAAAUAAACAUUUUUCUUUUUG